GCUGCAAUGCGGCUCCUUUGGCUCAAGCAUCACUUGUCCGUCAAUGUGUGGACCUUGCUGCUCUUGGGGAGCACCUGGCUACCGCUGGCGGAAGGCAGCCCCAAGUCUCCCUUUAGGACUUUCCCGGUUACAGACUGGAGCUUGACACACUUGGUGGUCCACAACAAAACCGGGGAGGUCUACGUGGGGGCUGUCAAUCGGAUCUACAAGCUCUCCAAUAACCUCACGCUCCUGCGGACCCAUGUAACGGGGCCUGUGGAGGACAAUGAGAAGUGUUACCCUCCACCCAGCGUUCAGUCCUGCCCGCAUGGGCUGGUCACCACCAACAAUGUGAACAAACUGCUGCUGGUGGACUACUCGGGGAACCGGCUGAUCGCCUGCGGCAGUGCCUCCCAGGGUAUUUGCCAGUUCCUGCGGCUGGAUGAUCUCUUCAAAUUGGGUGAGCCCCACCACCGCAAGGAGCACUACCUCUCCAGUGUCAACGAGUCAGGCACCAUGUCUGGGGUCAUCAUCGAGGUGCUGAACGGGCAGAACAAGCUCUUCAUUGGGACGCCCAUUGAUGGGAAGGCAGAGUUCUCCCCCACCCUUCCCAGCCGCAAGCUGAUGGCCAACGAGGAGAAUGCAGAGAUGUUUGGCUUUGUCUACCAGGACGAGUUUGUUUCCUCCCAGCUCAAGAUCCCCUCGGAUACACUCUCCAAGUUCCCCACCUUUGACAUCUACUACAUCUACAGCUUCAGCAGCGAGCAGUUUGUUUACUACCUGACCCUGCAGCUGGACACACAGCUCACCUCGCCCGACUCCACUGGGGAGCAGUUUUUCACCUCCAAGAUCGUCCGCCUCUGCGUGGAUGACCCCAAGUUCUACUCCUACGUGGAGUUCCCCAUUGGCUGCGUGCAGGAUGGCAUAGAGUACCGCCUGAUCCAGGACGCCUACCUGACCAAGCCUGGUAAGGCUUUGGCCAAGUACCUGGGCAUCUCGGAGCGCGAGGAUAUCCUCUUCACCAUCUUCUCCCAGGGCCAGAAAAACAGGGUUAAGCCUCCCAAGGAGUCUGUGCUCUGCCUCUUCACGUUGAAGAAGAUCAAGGAUAAGAUCAAGGAGCGUAUCCAGUCGUGCUACAGAGGGGAAGGGAAGCUCUCGCUGCCCUGGCUCUUGAAUAAGGAGCUGGGCUGCAUCAACUCGCCGCUGCAGAUCGAUGACAAUUUCUGUGGCCAGGAUUUUAACCAGCCUCUGGGCGGGACUGUCACCAUUGAGGGGACCCCACUCUUUGUGGAUAAGGAGGAUGGGAUGACCUCGGUGGCUGCCUAUGACUACAGAGGACAAACUGUCGUCUUUGCAGGCACACGAAGCGGGAAGAUCAAAAAGUGCCCCAAAGAGCUGGUCUGGCUCUCUGGCCCUGCAGGGCAUGAGGAUGUGGAGCAGGAGCUCCAAGGGGAAUG